AUGGCUGGCAUUUUUACACGUCGUUCGGCAUUGCGUGCUUUCACCACUGCCCAGGGUCUCCGUGCUGUUCCAAGGGCAAGCCGUCCCGUCCAGCUGUUAGGGCAGAGGCUGUAUUCCAGCGGGAAAAAUGACAAGGGCUAUGAGGAUCAUACUACUAGUGAUCUGCCAUGGUUCCUUGGCUCCGUCGGAGUGAGCGCUCCGGUAUUCUACUAUUUACUGCAAGCGGGCCCGGAGAAGAAGCCUCAUGACGAAUCCCACGGCCAUGCUGAUGAGCCCAAGGAGGACUCUGAGGAAAACGGAGCUGCAGCUGAAGCGGAAGAUAAGGCGGAGCCUGCGGAGAAAGAAGGUGGUGACGAGAAGUCUGCAGAUGAGACUGAGAAACCGGCCAAGGAGGAGAGCAAGUCAAAGCAAUCUAGUGAGAAGAAGGGAGACGACAAAUCGGCACCAAAGGAGUCUUCUGAGAAGAGUGCAGAGAGCGAUGGCCAAAAGGAUUCCAAGAAGGAAUCUAAGGAGGAGCCCAAGAACGAUUCUAAGACGGAUUCUAAGACGGAUUCCAAGGACUCCAAGGAUCCCAAGGAAGAGAGCUCCAGGGAACCCAAGAAGGAAUCAUCCGGUGAGGAUUCAAAGAAGGACAAGUCCGACGCUACCAAGUCCUCUGACGGUGAAAAAGAAACCUCUUCGAAGCAGAAGGACUCUCCAAAAGAAGAAGCCAAGAAGCAACCCGAGAGCGAUCAGAACAAGGAUGAAAAGGAUGGGGCCAAGAAAGAGUCCUCUAAAGAAAACUAA